AUGUCGCAGGCGUCCGCGAGCCACGACAACGGGGACCCCAAUUCUUCUGAGCUCCACUCGUUCCCCAUCUUCUCGGCGGCCAGCGGUUGGGAGCAACAGCAGUUGUCGUCGCUGCCUUGGUUGCAAAGUGCAGGGGUACCUGGGAUGCAGCGUGGAGUUCUUCCUCCCAAUGCUGCCCCUUGCAUCAGCCCCCGUGUCUAG